ACAGUUCAUGUUCCUUUUCUUCGGACGAGAAAUAUAUCGGAAAAAACAUCUCAUUGCAAAAUCAACUCUUCGUAAAUAAUUGAAAAUUAACAACAAUGGGUAAUGUCCUAAACAAUCCGAUAAAUGUGCCUAAUCCUGCGGAGAUCAAGGGUCCUCAUUGCAUGAAGGAUCCAACAUAUGAUCCGAAUUUUGGCUUUCCAUCAGGUCGUAAGGAGCGAGUUAUGAUUGCAACCCAAGCAGAAAUGGAAUCAGCUAAAAUUCCAAUCGAGGAACGCGAUUAUUGUGCACAUAAAUUAAUCGAAUACCGCGCCUGUCGUGCUGACGUAUUUCCAUUUGUGUAUAAAUGUCAUCAUGAGAAGCACGAUUAUCUUAAUUGUGAAUUCGAUGAUUACAUUCUUCGCAUGAAAGAAUUCGAACGGGAGAGACGACUAUUUGAACGCCAAAAUCGAAUCGAUAAACGUAACAGCGCUUAGGUGGCAUUUGUGUUAUUCAAUUCGUACAUACGAAUGUGUGGUAGUAACAUUUCUUUUUGCAAAUAAAAAAUUUCGUUCAAUUUA